CAGCUAUGUAAUGUUUUUCGAACCCAUGAAAUGGAAAUUGACCAGUGCUUGCUGGAGUCCCUUCCCCUUGGCCAGCGGCAAAGGCUGGUGAAGCGCAUGCGUUGCGAGCAGAUCAAAGCCUACUAUGAAAGAGAGAAGGCUUUUCAGAAGCAGGAAGGAUUCCUGAAAAAGCUGAAGCAUGGGAAGAAUCAAAAAGUUCACUUUAACCUUGCCGACAUGAUACAGGAUGCAAUUAUCCACCACGAUGACAAAGAAGCGCUCCGGCUCCUGAAGGAGGGCGCGGAUCCGCACACCGCCGUUUCCUCAGGAGGGUCCCUGCUGCAUCUGUGCGCUCGGUAUGAUAAUGCCUUCAUUGCCGAGAUCCUGAUUGACAGGGGGGUCAAUGUCAACCACCAGGAUGAAGACUUUUGGACACCAAUGCACAUCGCCUGUGCUUGUGAUAACCCUGAUAUUGUCCUGCUGCUUGUACUAGCUGGAGCCAACGUCCUUCUCCAGGAUGUUAAUGGAAAUAUCCCGUUGGAUUAUGCUGUAGAGGGGACAGAAUCCAGUUCUAUCCUGUUGACCUAUCUGGAUGAAAAUGGAGUGGAUCUGACCUCACUGCGCCAGAUGAAACUUCAGAGACCAUUGAGCAUGCUAACGGAUGUCAAGCACUUCUUAUCAGGUGGUGGAAAUGUCGAUGAGAAAAAUGAUGAAGGGGUAACUCUGUUGCAUAUGGCAUGUGCAAGUGGCUACAAGGAGGUGGUGUCUCUUCUCCUGGAACAUGGCGGGGACCUGAAUAUAGCAGAUAAUCAGUACUGGACCCCACUUCACUUGGCAGCAAAGUAUGGCCAGACAAACCUGGUGAAGCUUCUUCUGAUGCAUCAGGCAAAUCCAAACCUUCUGAACUGCAAUGAAGAGAAGCCCUCAGAUAUCGCCGCAUCUGAGUUUAUUGAGGAAAUGCUGUUGAAAGCCGAAGUUGCCUGGGAAGAAAGGGUAAAAGAGCAUUUAUCUGUUCCUGCCUUGGCCUCUGAGGAGCCCUAUGAAGAGAUCCUCCAUGACCUCCCAGCUCUCUCCAGCAAGCUCAGUCCCCUGGUGUUGCCAAUUGCCAAGCAAGACAGUAUGUUGGAGAAAGACAUUAUGUUCAAAGAUGCCACCAAAGGUCUAUGCAAGCGACAGUCUCAAGACAGCAUCCCUGAAAAUGCUACGAUGAACGGCCCCACAAAACCUGAGCAGGUCAAGCUGAUGCCUCCCGCUCCCAGUGAUGACCUGGCAACGCUCAGUGAGCUGAAUGACGGCAGUCUGCUUUAUGAAAUUCAGAAGCGCUUUGGGAACAAUCAGAUAUAUACUUUUAUUGGAGACAUCCUCUUGCUUGUUAACCCAUUCAAGGAGCUUCCAAUUUAUUCCACCAUGGUGUCUCAGCUAUACCUCAACAGCACGGGGCAGCCCUGCUCCUCCUCCCUGCCGCCUCACAUCUUCUCCUGCGCCGAGAGAGCCUUUCACCAGCUUUUCCAGGAGCAGCGGCCCCAGUGCUUCAUUCUCAGUGGAGAAAGAGGAUCGGGCAAGUCUGAAGCCAGCAAACAAAUAAUGAGACACCUCAUCUGCAGGUCUGGCUCCAGCAGACCUAUGUUUGAUUCCAAAUUUAAACAUGUCAUGUGCAUCUUGGAAGCCUUUGGACAUGCCAAGACAACGCUUAAUGAUCUGUCCAGUUGCUUCAUAAAGUAUUUUGAACUGCAGUUCUGCGAGAGGAAAAAACACCUAACUGGAGCCAGAGUUUAUACAUAUAUGCUCGAGAAAUCCAGACUUGUUUCACAACCUGUUGGCCAGAGCAAUUUUCUCAUUUUCUACUUGUUGAUGGAUGGGUUAUCUGCUGAAGAAAAAUACGGACUUCAUCUUAAUAAUUUAUGUGCACACCGGUAUUUGAACCAGACCCUACCAGAAGAUGUAUCAACAGCAGAGCAUUCUCUGAACAGGGAAAAAUUCGCUAUUUUGAAACAAGCCCUGAAUGUAAUUGGCUUCAGUCACUUGGAAGUAGAGAAUCUGUUUGUGAUCCUGGCAGCAAUAUUACACAUUGGAGACAUUCGAUUCACUGCUCUGACCGAGGCCAACUCUGCGUUUGUCUCUGACCUCCAGUUUCUGGAACAAGUGGCCGGAUUGUUACAAGUAUCAACCGAUGAGUUGGUGUCUGCUCUAACAACCGAUAUCCAGUAUUUUAAAGGGGACACCAUCAUACGGCGACAUACUGUGGAGAUGGCUGAAUUUUACCGGGAUCUCUUGGCCAAGUCCCUGUUCGGGCGUUUGUUUAGCUUCUUGGUGAAUACCAUGAACUGUUGCCUCCACAGUCAAGAUGAGCCCAGCAGCCCACAGACUUUGGAUAUUGGAAUACUGGACAUCUUCGGUUUUGAGGAAUUUCAAAAGAAUGAAUUUGAACAACUUUGUGUCAACAUGACCAAUGAGAAGAUGCACCACUACAUCAAUGAAGUGCUUUUUCUACACGAGCAAACAGAAUGUGUACAAGAGGGAGUUACCAUGGAAACAACUUAUUCUCCUGGUAACCAGACUGGAGUUUUGGAUUUUUUUUUCCAGAAGCCAUCUGGAUUUCUGUCUUUAUUGGAUGAAGAAAGUCAGAUGAUUUGGUCAAUGGAACCAAAUCUUCCCAAAAAGCUACAGAGUCUCCUCGAAUCGUCAAACACAAAUGCAGUCUAUUCCCCCAUGAAGGAUGGGAACGGGAACAUGGCGCUCAAAGACCAGGGUACGGCGUUCACUACCAUGCACUACGCAGGAAGGGUAAUGUAUGAAAUUGUUGGAGCAAUUGAAAAAAAUAAAGACACCCUCUCACAGAAUCUUCUAUUUCUAAUGAAAACUAGUGAAAAUGUCGUGAUCCAUCAUUUGUUCCAGUCGAAACUGUCACAGACGGGAUCCCUUGUGUCCUCCUAUCCUUCUUUUAAGUUCAGAGGACAGAAAUCAGCCCUGCUCAGUAAGAAAACGGCAGCUUCUUCAAUUAUUGGAGAAAGCAGGAAUUAUCUAGAACUCAGUAAGUUAAUAAAGAAGAAAGGAACUUCUACAUUUCUUCAAAGACUGGAACGGGGAGGUCCAGGCACCAUUGCAUCGCAACUCAGGAAAUCUCUAACGGAUAUUAUUGGAAAACUUCAGAAGCGCACUCCGCACUUUGUUCAUUGCAUCAAGCCCAAUAACUCAAGGCUGCCAGAUACUUUUGAUAAUUUUUAUGUGUCUGCUCAGCUGCAAUAUAUUGGGGUCCUGGACAUGGUGAAGAUCAUCCGAUAUGGAUACCCUGUUCGCCUUUUCUUCUCGGAUUUCCUGUCAAGGUACAAGCCAUUGGCCCAUAUGCUCCCGGGUGAGAAGCAGCUGCUGUCUGCCGGGGAGAAAUGUCGCCUUGUUCUCCAGCGGUGCAAACUGCAAGGCUGGAAGAUGGGAGUCCGAAAAGUGUUUCUAAAAUACUGGCAUGCCGACCAGCUCAAUGAUUUGUGCCUGCAGCGGCAGAGAAAAAUUAUAACCUGCCAAAAAGUUGUAAGAGGAUUUCUAGCACGCCAGCACUUGAUUCAGAAAAGGAGCAUCAGACAGCAAGAGGUCACAUCCAUCAACAGCUUCCUGCAGAUUACAGAGGACAUGGGGCUGAAGACCUACGAUGCCCUGGUCAUUCAGAACGCUUCUGACAUUGCCCGUGAAAAUGACCGGCUGCGGAACGAAAUGAAUGCUACUUACCAUAAGGAGAAGGUGGAGGCCAGACACAAGCCAGAGGAGGGAACCAAAAGAGUCGAAGACAAGUGUGGACCCAGGCAUUUCCACUACAGCUCCGUCCCGGUCCCCAUGGCGGUGGAUGGCCUGAUCCAGUCUCUGGCUGGCCCAUCCACCCGGUCUCCUUCUCUGCACUCGGUGUCCAGCCUGGAUGACAGCAGUGGCCUCCCCUCACCACGGAAACAGCCUCCGCCCAAGCCAAAGAGGGACCCCACCACGCGGCUGAGCGCAUCCUAUGAGGCCGUGAGCGCCUGCCUGUGGGCAGUGGCCAGGGAGUCUGCCAGUGAAGUGCUCACCCGGCCCCGACCUCACAGCGACGACUACAGCACCAUGAAGAAAGUUCCCCCUCGCAAGCCCAAGCGCAGCCCCAACACCAAGCUCAGCGGCUCCUCAGAGGACAUGGCGGGCGGGCGGCGCCCAGGUGGCCCGCAGCGCGCGCCCGGGGUCCCCGCGCCCCCCGCGCGCGCCCCGCCCGAGCCCCGGCCCCCGCCUGAGCCCGAGCCCGAGCCCGAGCCCGUCUACAUCGAGAUGGCGGGCCGCGCCGGCAGCCCCGAGCAGGCCGAGGCCGUGUACGAGGAGAUGAAGUACUUCGUGCCCCCCGAGGCGUCCGCGUCGCCCCCUCUGCUGAGCGACAGUCGGAACCCCGUCACCCGGGAGGACGGCGACGGGCGCGGACAGGCCGCUGGGCCCUGCAAAGACGCGUGCGACAUCCCGGCCCCUUUCCCCAACCUGCUCCCUCACCGUCCGCCGCUCCUGGUGUUCCCCCCGACCCCUGUCACUUGCUCCCCAGCGUCCGACGAGUCGCCCUUGACGCCCCUGGAGGUGAAGAAGCUGCCCGUGCUGGAGACCAACCUCAAGUACCCGGUGCAGGCCGAAGGCUCGAGCCCCCUGUCUCCACAGCACGCCAAGAACCAAAAAGGCGACGGGGACAGGCCCGCGUCCCCCGGCCCGCCCGCAGCGAGCGGGUCCCCCCUUACGCCGCCGCCCCCUCCGGCCCCCCCGGCCCCCCGGCCGCCCACACACUUCGCCUUCCCCCCGGAGCCCGCGGGGAACGCCGGCCGAGCGGCGGUGGCCAGCCCCGACGUGUCCAAAGCGCCCCAGCCGCCCAGCUCGGCGCCCGCGGGGGGCCCGUGCAGCUCUUUCUCCAAGGCCCCCUACUCCCCCGGGAGGGCAGCCAGGGCCGAGCACCGGAGGGCCAGCGCCAGCCCCUCCUCCCCGGGACCCUACAGCCCCCCGAACUGCAGGGCGCUCGGCAGCCCUCUGGACGAGCUAACCAGCCUCUUCAGCUCUGGAAGGAGCGUGCUCCGGAAGUCCGCGGCGGGGCGGAGGAUCAGGGAGCCCGAAGGUUUUGAGACUAACAUGAACCUAACUGGCCGAGAUUAUGCUGGUAGAUCAGAAAUUGCAUCUGAGACUCAAGAUAGAAAUGCAAAUAACCAUGGAAUUCAAUUAUCUAAUUCACUCUCGAGUGCUAUCACUGCUGAAAACGGGAAUUCCGUCUCAAAUGGUUUACCUGAAGAAGAUGGAUUCUCCAGGUUGUCUGUGAGCAGCUCCACAACCUCCUCAUUUCAGAAACAGAGAGAGAGCCACACCACUCAGGUAAUCCAUCAGCUGCGGCUCUCGGAGAACGAAAGCGCCGCCCUGCAGGAGCUCCUGGACUGGAGGCGGAAGCUGUGCGAGGGGACAGAAGACUGGCAGCACCUCCUGCAGCCCUCGGAGCCCAGGGCGCCUCCCCCUCCGCCCUGCAAGAAGCCCACCCUGGUGAAGAAGCCCGAGGGGGCGUCCUGCGGCCGGCUGCCCUCCGAGCUGUGGGACUCCGGCACCUUCGCCAGUGUCAAGCCUGCGCACACAUGGACUGAGCCCCGGGUUUCCGUUCGGCUGGCUGGGGACGCACGUGUCUCUGCUGACGUGCACGGCCAGCUCCUGGCGGCCACCUCCUCUCCCCGCGUCACCCUCGGCUACGGGAACUCAGUGAGGCGCGUGGGGCUUCACGUCCAUAGCCGGCGGUGUGACAGGGUCACCUCGGAGUCAUGGGCUGAUAGCCGGCGUAUCUGCUGGCUUGCCUUGCCCGAUAGCCCCGGGGAACGCGUGAAGCUUCAAAGCAAGCAGGAUGACGCCGGCCGAGGCCCUUGUCACCUGCUCCUUGCUGGGCCUCCUCUGCCGCCCCGGCCCCUACCGGCCCUGCCGGUCUCCCCUCUGCGGAAGGCUGCGGGCAGCCCCACGCAGCCCUGCCCGCCGGGGCACUCGUCACUGACCGACCGCUGCAGGAACGAGGGGGAGGAGCCAAGGGCAAAGGCCAAGUGCGGUCUUUCAAAUCCCCCAGAGGAGUUCAGAGGCCAGGGAGCCCCUGAACCAGGCCUCACGGCCCGGUCGCCACUGCAGUCGGGGGACAUGACGCCCACCCCGACGAAAGCUCGCCCUCCGCUGCCUGACCGUGUUGUGGCGUGUCCGGUGUUCCCGCACCCAGGGCUCCCAUCUGCCAGGCCGACCCCAGGCUUCGAGCAGCAACAGCACAGGCCAGUGGCUGCCCAGAAAGGGAAACGGUUGCAGACUGCCAGUUAUGGCACUGGUGUGGAGGCUCAGAGGUACCGGGGCCAAGAUGCCUCCAGCAUCUUGGAGUCAUCUCCUCGGCCCUCCCUUCAUGGUGUCAAGAUGACUCUUGCAGUUGUGGAGAGACUGAUGGGACGCCGAGGGGCCCCGUUGUCCUGCCCCCAGACCUAUGAGGACCGGAAGAGAACCUGCUUCCUCACUGCAUCCCAGCCGGCUGGCUGCCGGGUGAAGGACCGUGCCACCCUCUGUGGCACCUUGCAGCCUGUGUGCCUGGCAGUGGGCAAUAUCAUCGAUAAACAUCUGCCGGAUGGGCUGUUUUUCAGUGCUCAUUGGAUUAACAGUAGAUUAAAAUCUACUUUCCAGGGCAGUCUGCUCUUUGCAGGAGGCAGGCAGCCUUGUUGUUCCAAAUGGAUGCGCCACAGGCAGGGGGAUACAGCGCCUGAGGUCCUGUGGGACCACACUGGUUCCCGGCCUUGUGGCCACGCACAGCAGGGUGUCCCAGAGUCUUCAAUCCCCAAGGAGGCCACGGUGGACAAAAGGAGACACUGGAGGGGAAGCCACGGGGGCUGCUUCUGGACGGCAAGCUCUCAAAACCUCACAGAAAUGGCUGGGGAACGCUUCGAAAAGAGCAAAAAAUCAAAGGCCUCGUCCAAAAGGCAGAAGUUCAUACCGAAAAAAGAGAUGAAAGCGGAGGUACUAACUGUGCGGGAGACUUUCCUGGGACAUGGCAUCAUCGGGACCCGUUGGCUCUGUGGCAGCAGUGGCCCGGGACUCGGCCACGUGGCCCAACUCCACCACGGGGACCCUUCCAGGUACCCAGAGGUGGGGGACAGGGGAGAUUCAGUAAACAGCUCCAAUGAUGCUGCAGCCCCUUACCUGAGCACGUUUAAGCCGGCCUCGAAGCCAGGGCUGCAACAGGGGUUGGAACAGGACUCUAAACCCACAUGUCAGAAUAUAAGCCUCGGCGUUCCAGAAGGGCAUGGAGCUCGGUGUGAGGUUUCCAGAUGCGACUUCGAGGCCUCCGUGUCAAUCAGCCCCGUACAGAGGGCGCACAAGCCUGUUUCUGUGGCAGUUAGAAUUUGUAGGACAGAAUGUGAACAUCGUCCUAACAAUACGGCCGACCUCCUGAAGCAGGUCCAAAUCUGCACCUGGUUCCCACAGCUGCCAACACCAUCUGUGCAGGUUGUCACACUGGUUCAGGCUGUCCGAUCCCGCAGGAGCCUUGGCGGCUGCCUUCUUCCCGCGUCCUUGCACGGGCUUCCUCUGCAUGCCCACAGUUCUGCUAUCCCUCUUUUCACAAGGACACCAGUCCUCUUGGACCGGGGCUUCUGCCUUACGACCUCAGUUCACCUUGAUCACCUCCUAAAAGACCCCAUCUCCAAACACAGUCACAUCGGGGUCAGAGCAGCAAACUAUGAAUUUGGGGUGGGGGACAUAACUCAGUCUCAAACAUACUUGAACAGCAUUUAUUACUCAUGGUUCCUGUGCAUCAGGAACCCGGGCUUGCUGGUCUGGUCCUCUGGCUUGGACUCUCAGGCUGUGACCAAGAUGUCAACGUCCAGGGAAGCAGUCAUCCCAAACUCCACGGAGAAGCUCCCUGCUGAGCUCACUCUCAGGGAGUUGGAUCGAGGGCCUCGGUUCCCUGCAGGCACAGGCUGGGUGCGCCCUCGGGCCCUGUCCUCUGGACCCCUCUGGCUUCAUCAGAGCAAGCGCUUGAGGAGAGAGAGAAGAGAGAUGGGCAGCACACAGUGUCACCGCCCCACCACCUCAGUGCGGAGUCUGGCCUGCCACACCCCUACUGCACGGGCUCUGCUCAUUGGGAGCUGCGACCAAGUCCAGCCACAGUCAGGGCUGGGGGCUGGAGGCUACAGAAGACCGGAAUCCAGCGGUGGGGCCACUGGGGCCCCUGCAGGAGAGCUGCACACAGCUGCCCACCCUGCAGCGGGGGGAGGGGUCAGGCUACGCUGGGACACCACGACGUAA